ACAUUUUUCAGAAUUUACAUUUCUUUGCUUUUUCAUUGGUUCAACAUGUUUCAUGUCUUGUUUAUGGGGGUUUGGUUUCUACAGAUAAUUAGAUGACACAUGAGUUUGGUGUUAAGCUAAUUUAUUUUUGUAGAUUCUGCUGCGUUUCGAAAGGAGUUCGUUGUACUAUGGCCAGUGACUCUCUUGUGAUCUCCAAUGGCCAUGACAAUGGCAAUUUAGAGCUGAGUCCACAGAGGACUUACCAAGCUGUAGUGAUUGCGACCCCGGACAUGGGCAUUUCCAAAGAUGGAAAAUUGCCCUGGGCAUUGCCUACUGAUCAAAAGUUUUUUGAGGAGAUCACUACAAAAACAUCUGAUCCUGGGAAGAAGAAUGCUGUUGUCAUGGGUAGGAAAUCAUGGGAGGCCAUCCCUCCUGAGAAAAGGCCUCUCUGUGGUCGCCUUAAUGUUGUGCUGACUCGCUCGGGUAGCUUUGAUAUUGCAACAGCGGAGAAUGUUGUUAUUUGUGGAAGUGUGUCUUCUGCCAUGGAACUGUUAGCUUCUUCUCCUUACAGCAUGUCAAUUGAGAAAGUGUUUCUUACCGGAGGUGGCGAGAUUUUUAGAGAGGCUCUUAAUGCUCCUGGAUGUGAAGCUGUCCAUAUUACAGAAAUUGAAGCAAGCAUCGAGUGUGACACUUUCAUGCCUCGAGUUGAUUUCUCUGUAUUUCAUCCAUGGUACUCAUCUUUUCCUUUGGUGGAAAACAACAUCCGCUAUUCUUUCAACACCUAUGUGCGUGUAAGGAGUUCUGCAGAAGAAUCCCUUGGUCAGAAUACUGAUCCAAGUUUUGAUAGUGAUUCAGACUCUCUAAAAUUUGAGGUCAAGAAAUUUUCUUUUCUUCCUAAAAUGAUUUUUGAGAGUCAUGAGGAGUACAAGUAUCUUAGGUUGGUUCAAGAAAUCAUUUCUGAAGGUACAGUUAAGGAUGACAGGACUGGGACUGGUACCUUGUCAAAAUUUGGUUGCCAGAUGAGGUUUAAUCUCCGCAGAAGCUUUCCACUUCUAACAACUAAGAAAGUAUUUUGGCGAGGGGUUGUUGAAGAGCUUCUUUGGUUUAUCAGUGGCUCAACGAGUGCCAAGGUGCUGCAAGAAAAAGGCAUUCAUAUAUGGGAUGGCAAUGCAUCCAGGGAAUACCUUGAUAGCAUUGGUUUGACAGAAAGGGAGGAGGGUGACUUAGGGCCUGUCUAUGGGUUUCAGUGGAGGCACUUUGGCGCUAGGUAUACUAACAUGCAUGAUGACUACUCCGGCAAAGGAUUUGAUCAGCUUUUAGAUGUUAUUAACAAGAUAAAGCAUAAUCCUGAUGAUCGACGGAUCAUUCUCUCAGCUUGGAAUCCAUCUGAUCUUAAGUUGAUGGCACUUCCUCCUUGCCACAUGUUUGCGCAGUUCUAUGUAGCAAAUGGGGAGUUGUCAUGUCAAAUGUAUCAGCGAUCUGCGGAUAUGGGCCUGGGCGUGCCAUUUAAUAUUGCAUCUUAUGCGCUCUUGACAUGCAUGAUUGCUCAUGUUUGUGACCUAGUUCCGGGUGAUUUUAUCCAUGUUAUUGGGGAUGCACAUGUUUACCGCAAUCAUGUGAAGCCUUUGCAGGAACAGCUCCAGAACCUGCCAAGACCUUUUCCGAUUUUGAAGAUAAAUCCAAAGAAGAAAGAUAUAGAUUCUUUUGAGGCUACUGAUUUCAAGCUCAUAGGCUAUGAUCCUCACCAGAAGAUCCAAAUGAAGAUGGCUGUUUAGGAAUCUUGAAGAUUCUCAGCCCCAUCCAGGCUGUUAUGCUUUUUGAAAUAAGGCAUAACCAACCAUAGGAGGUUUAUGUUAAAUUAUAAAAGAAGACUAGUUGGACACACUUCAAACUUUUCUGAUGUUACUAUUGGGAAUCCUUUAGUUCCACAUGUUGUAUCGUGGCUCUAAGAACAACAAAGGUGUGGAAAUAAGGCUUCUGCUUUGUGACAAAGAUGGAUUCGUCUUUUCACUUUUCUAGAAGAGACAGUGAGUUCAUAGUGGAAAUGCUUUGUUGCCAUGUAGGUUUUUCUUUUGAAAUUUAAGUAACGCACUUGACUUGAGAACUUUGACACCAAGAACAUUCCUUCCCCAAAAUUGAAUUUGAAAUACAUAUUAUCAUAAUUACAUGUUUGGAUCAA